GGAAGAAGAGGAGCAGGAAGCGGAAGUGUGCUGUGUGCUGAUGUGUGGGACGCAGCUGGAUCCGUUCAGAACCUUUAAGAGAAAGCAGAGCGGGCGGAACACCGAGCUGGAACCGGAGCUUGGAGCGUAAAGUGUGAUGAAUGAAGCCGAGCUGCUGAAGCUGAGCUCGGCUGCUUUUUCCUCCCAGAGACGGAGCCAGCAGCGUCCAGGAGCCGCUGAGGACCCAGAGACAGGGGGCCAGACAGGGGCCCCGCUCGAUUUGUCACAUCAUGUCUAUUAUUAAACAAGAUGUUGUUGCUGGUCAUUUUAUCAUCAACCAAAAUGAGGUAUCUGUUCUGGACCAGAAGGAAAUGGAAUCCCUGAAAACCAAAGGAAGAACAGAUGAUCUGGAACUUAUACAAGUAAAAGAAGAGGAGUGUGAAUCAAAACCUUUGCAGAUUAUAAAGAAAGAAGACCACAUAGAACUGAAGCAAGAGAUGGAUACCUUAAUGGUAACAGUUUCUGGACCACUUAAAAUUAAAGAAGAAUCAGAGGAACAAGAACUGAAUCAUAUAAAAGAAGAAGAGCUGGUAAAGAUUGAGAUUGUAGGCAUCAGUCAGGAUGAAAACCACGAUGAACUGAAGCAGGAGACUGAUGCAUUAAUGGAAACAGAUUCUGGAACUCUUGAAAUCAAAGAAGAACCGGUAGUACUAGAACCUGAAAAGGUAAAGGUAGAGGAGUAUGGAUCAGGAUCUCGGCAGAUGAAAAAGAAAGAGACUGAUACCUUAACCCUAACAGCUUCUAGAGAUGAAAGAGACCAUCAGCAACCUGAAUUAAAUGGAAACCAAACAAUCCUUCAGAACUUUUCUAAAGCAGAACAUCAUCAAGAAAUAAAGACUUGCAAGGCCUUGGGAUCCAGCAGAGAUGAACAGCAACAGAAAAAAUCUAAAAAAAACAGACGUCAAAGUGACAAUGUAGAGAAAGGGAUUGAUAAUGGUGAAAAAUGUAAACAGUGUGAAGUUUGCAGUAAAAUGUUCAAAUUUAGUAGUGAUUUAAUAGCUCACAUGAGGACUCACACGGGUGAGAGGCCUUUUUCAUGUUUAACCUGUGGGAAGAGGUUUGGUAAAAAAAUCAACUUAUGUACUCACCUAAGAGCUCAUACAGGUGAGAAACCUUUUUUAUGUAUAACCUGUGGAAAAAGUUUCAAUCAAAAAAGUCAUUUAAAGAGCCACACAAUAACGCAUGCAGGAGAUAAGCCUUUCUCUUGUAUCACUUGUGGAAAAGGUUUCAGUCAAAAAAGUUAUUUGAAAAGCCACAUUAGUACUCAUGCAGGCGAGAAGCCUUUCUCAUGUGUGACAUGUGGAAAAGGUUUUAAUCAAAAAAGUCAUUUGAAAAGUCAUAUAAGAACCCAUACAGGAGAGAAGCCUUUCUCUUGUAUCACGUGUGGAAAAAAUUUCAAUCAAAAGGGUAAUUUGACAAGCCACAUGAGGAGUCAUACAGAUGAGAAGCCUUUCUCGUGUAUCACCUGUGGAAAAAGUUUCAAUCAAAAAAGUAAUUUGAAAAGCCACGUGAGAAGUCAUACAGGUGAAAAGCCUUUCUCAUGUAUUACCUGUGGAAAGGGUUUCAAACAAAGAAGUACUUUGAAUAGUCAUAUGAGAACUCAUACAGGAGAAAAGCCGUUCCUUUGUGUUACCUGUGGAAAAUCUUUCAGGCAAAGAAGUAAAUUGAAUGACCACAUAAGAAGUCACACAGGUGAGAAACCUUUUCUAUGUAUUACAUGUGGGAAAGGUUUCAGUGUACAAACUCAUUUGAUUACCCACCUUAGAAGUCACACAGGUGAGAAACCUUUCUCGUGUAUAGCCUGUGGAAAAUGUUUCAGUCGCAAAAGUAGUUUUAAUAGGCACACAAAGACUCAUAUAAAUGAGAAGCCUUUAUAAUGUGCAACCUGUGAAAAAGUUUCAUUCAAAAAAGUAGUUUGAAUAACCACGUAAGCCCUCAUACAGGAGAGAAGCCUUUCCUUUGUGUAGCCUGUGGAAAAGGCACAACAAAGAAUAGGCAUUCUUCAAAUUACAUCACAUUUGCACAUUUCCCGGAUGGUCAGACAAAAGUGCAAACUAUAAUGGCAGCAACCGCAAUACCAGUCAUUUUGGAAGAUGACAACGUACCAGGAGCUUCAUUUAAACAUGCUUUAAUCAUAAACCCAGCAUAGAACAGCCCCUACAUUUAAACAUUGGUUUAAAUAUAGGGGCCUCAAAAUAAGCGGAAAGAAAGCAGCAUUAGUAGAAAUGCUGGAGGGGUUUUCCUCUCCUCUUUCACAACAGAUCAAAAAUAAGGAGGAAAGUCACUGAGUCCACAUGGAUUAGAGCAAAUACUAAGAAAAAAUACACGCAAUGUUACAGGUCUAUGGUUUAAAUUAUCAUGACAGGGCUUAUUGCUUAAAAUAGCUUAAUUUCUUAAUAAGUUACAAAGUCAAUCAUGCCGCUAUAAUAAGACACUCAGAUCCCAUCUCACCUUUACACACACACCCCUCCACAGACACACACAAACAAGAUCGGUGAGAGAGAAACAAUCAACUUGAUCCAUGAAAGCAACCCGAAGACCAGCAAGAAAACCACCACACACUGCUUCUAAAAAUCACAAAUGCACGUAUUUAGCUGAUGUUUAUACACACUGGGACUUUUGCUGCUUGUAAAAUAGUUACACAGAGGAUGGGGGGGUUAUUCUGGAUAUUCAAAUGUUAGCUCCUUGCCACCGAUGAAAUGUGAAGAUCACAUAGUAAAGUCCACUCGGUUACAAGUUCAUAUCCGCCAUUUCUGUGCAAUCCUACGGGUUUUUGGAAAAUCAAGAAAAACAACUCCCUUCAUUUGGUCACAAAUCAUCAUAUUGUGAGUCACUCCGGCAGAUACCAAUGCAGUUAUCUAGUAAUUCGAUUUUAUGUCUACAUAAAUCACAGACAGAAUCCUCCUCUGUAAAGGUCAGAUUGAAAAAGAUUUCUGAACUAAAUUGUUUGAAAAGAUGCAUGCAAGCACAAACAGUUCAGCAACAUUUUCCAUGUGUAACCUGUGGAAAAGGUUUCAGUAAGAAAAGUAUUCUGAAUUUCCAUGUUUGAACUCAAAAAGUAGAAACCUUUCACAUGUUAAAGUUGUGCUAAAUAUAUCUGUUUCAUUCGCCUUUGUGCCUUGUGGUAAAAGUUUUAUUCAGAGAAGCGGUGGGGAAUACCCCAUUAGAACUCCAUAAAAGUCAAAGGUUGUUACUGUUAUGAUUGCUGUUGCUGUGAAUUCAGUGAAAAGUUAGGUUGUGUCUCUGAUGCUCGAGGCAUUUGCUUUGGGCAAACAAUAGAAUAAUGAAGGUUAAUGUUUGAAUAACUGCUUAUUCUUGGGUUAACAUUUGAUAUCUGAGCUCCUAAUUUUCUAACCUUCCAGUGCUCUCAAACCUGACAUAUGUGCUGAUAAAUUUAGUCAGAACCGUUAGCUUGACACAGCUGGCACAGAUCUGAGUAAAUUGCUGUUUAUGAUAAUUAUGACACAUUGCUGUUACUAUAUGGAAUAUGUUGAAUAAGUGAGUGUGUCUACAGACAGUAAAAAGCUAAUAUAUUAGGUAGUUGUUAAGAUGACAUGAACAUGUUUUACAUAAGUUUGAUUUAUGUUAUUUAUUUACUGUUACUGGAGAAGAAAUUUAAGUAGUUUUGUGUAAUGAAUGCAUAACCUGAUAAAAUUAUUGACUCUGUCUGCUACAGCUGCAGGCCUUAAAUUCCUUUUAGAGUUGAUUUUAUUUCAGUAGACAUAGAUGAGGAUAGAACUAGAUGCUAGCUUAAAGGCUCAGCCAAACUAAGCUGAUGAGUUCCUAGGCGUCCAGUGAGAUACUGUGGUGGGACACCAAUAGCAGAUAACAUUUGUAUACAAGCAGUGGCUCUCUUUCUCUAUUUAGAACAAAUGCUGGGUAUUUUGCAACACACCUCUGUUUUCUGGUCUCAUUCUUGCAAGAAUCAUUAAAUAAAUACUGAUGAAAC